AUGUGGGAGGUGCUUUCUUUUCUUAGACAUGCAGGUUUUUACAGGAGAUUCAUCAGAGAUUUCAGCAAGAUUGCCCUACCAUUGUCCAGUCUUCUGCAGAAGGAUGUGUCAUUCAUAUUUAUUGAUUCAUGCAAGGAGGCAUUUAAGGAGUUGAAGAGGAGACUCACCACAUCACUCAUCAUGCAACCACCAAAUUGGGAGCUCCCUUUCAAGUUAAUAUGUGAUGCCUCAGAUUAUGCACUUGGAGCUGUAUUAUCACAGAGACUCAAAAACUGUCUUUACAAAUCACGCUGCAUUGAAUUCCUACAGAAGAAGCUAGUUGCUAAACCCAGAUUACUCAGAUGGAUGCUUCUUCUACAGGAGUUUGAUAUUGAUAUAAAAGAUAGAAGUGAUUCUGUACCUUGGUUUGUAGAUAUUGUUAAUUAUUUGGUUACUUCUGUUGUACCUCCUCAUGCAUCUAGAUCUCAGGAGGCCAUCUUGGACCACAGAGAACAACUAGGAGGGUAUUGGACAGCGGAUUUUAUUGGCCCAUCAUCUUUAGGGAAGCAGUCAGGCAUGCAUUUUAUGAGUCCUUUUCCUGUUUCUUCUGGAUAUUCUUACAUUUUACUUGUUGAUUAUGUGUCUAGAUGGGUGAAGGCACAGGUCACCAAAACUAACGAUUCUAAGGUUGUUUCAGAUUUUCUCUGGACUAACAUAUUUUGUAGGUUUGGUGUGCCUAAGACUGUCACAAGUGAUCAGGGAAGCCCUUUCUGUAACAGGACCAUAGCAACGUUAUUCCAGAAGUAUAAGGUGACACACAGAAUUGCUACACUAUAUCAUCCUCAAACUAACGCUAUUUGGGCUCAGAGAAUAGCUUACCGAGUACCACUAGGUAAGCUUCGAUCUAGAUGGGAUGGACCUUUUGUGAUUACUAAUGUUUUUCCCCAUGGUGCAGUUGAAAUUAAGGAUGAAGUUACUGGCAGAGUUUUCAAAGUUAAUGGUCAACAGCUGAAACUAUUUCAAGAAAGCAAACCUAUGCAGAAGGCUCAAAACACAGUUGACGUAUCCUUAGUGGAGCCAAUUCUAAUGGAGGAAGUGUCUACAUAG